CUCAGCUAGCACUUGCAAACGAUGUCAGGUAAGAAACAAGUGUUCGUUAUCGGCGGUACAGGCUACAUCGGCGCCUCUGUUCUCCAAAGGCUGGUCAAGCAUCGCACGGCAGCUGAGUCGGAGUACACGGUGCUCGUGCGCUCCGAGGACAAGGAAAGGAAGCUGGCAGAGCUCGUCAAGUCCGGUGGGUUGGGCGACGUCGGCAUCAAGCUCGUUCGGGGAUCCAACGCGGACUUCGAUGUGCUCGAGGCGCAAGCAGCCAGAGCUGAUGUUGUAUUUUCUAUGGCGGAUUCGGACGACGUUCCGGCGAUUAAGGCUGUGAUCGCUGGCUUGAAGAAGCGGUAUGAGCAGACUGGGGUGGCUCCGAUUCUGAUACAUACGUCCGGUACUGGUGUUUUAAUGGAUAAGGCAGAGGGAAACUUCGAAGGGACAAACUACUAUGAUGACACUAUUCCCGAGCACUUAGAGGCGCUCGCGGACACGCAAAUUCAUAGGCCUGUCGAUCUGUUGGUGGUCGAAGCUGACAGCCAAGGAUAUCUCAGGAGUUAUAUCAUUCUUCCAGGCGUGAUAUUCGGAAUCGCGACUGGCCCCUUGUACGACGCGGGAGUUGGCAAUCGCCACUCAAUGGCAGUUCCCCUCCUCAUCAAAAAGGGCGUGAGCCGCGGAGAAGUCGGCGUGGUCGGCGAAGGACUGUCCAAGUGGCCGGCCGUGCACAUUGACGACACCGCCGAUUUGUACAUCACUUUGUACGAUGGUGUACUCUCAGGACGAGCCGGCCGCGGUCGCGAAGGGUAUUAUUUUGCGGAGAACGGGCAUUACACCUGGUAUAGCCUUUCCAAGGCGGUCGCGGAAGCACUGGUGGCGCUGGGUAAAAGCAACAACAUAGAGCCUACGCCGUUCACUAAAGCGGAGUACGAGGAGUCAUUUAUGCUCCGUGUUCUUGGGACAAACGCGCUGUGUCAUGCUAACCGAGGGCGUGCGUUGGGCUGGAAACCCAAGUACACCAUCGAUGAUUUGUACAGGAGCAUAAAGCCUGAGGCCGAAGUACUUCUUAGCGUCAGCAGUUAAAUCGUACCGUGUCAUCAUCAAUGUAACACACACGCAAUUGAUGCAUUAUCUCUUAAUGUGG